CGAUAUUGUCACCUGGUAUUUGUUUUUAAGAUUUUAGUGAAAUUAUCAUACUGAACUCUGAAAGCUUAAUUUGAUUAUUCUACAGGUUGCUGAUGAACUUGAAAUACUCAAUUCCUUUCCGAUAAUCAUCUUUAGCUAGUAAGUCUUAAUUGUUUCUAUGCUUUGUACAUACCAACAACAUGAGAUGCUACGUUUUGAUCUUGUCUGAAUUGGUAAUAUUUGUUUGCAUGAUAAGGCAAGGUCUUCAAAACAAAUUGAUAUAUUCGACUGAAAAUACUAUUAAGGAAAUCGACCUGCGCUCAAAGAGCGUAUCAGUUCUCUUGGCAAAUUUAGGAAGUAAUAUAUUUUCAUUGGAUUGUGAUUACAAGAAUGGAUAUAUUUAUUUUCCGAGACAUAAUUUAAACGUCAUAUCAAGAUUUCGUUAUCCAGCAGACACACCAUACUCAGUAGAAAAUGUGAUAACUGCAGCGCAACCAAUAUCACUAGUAAUUGAUACAUUAUACGAUAAUGUAUAUUGGACAGAAUUAUACACAGGAAAGAUUUGCAAAUGCAAUUUCAAGGGGCUUAAUAAAGCAUGUAUACUGCAAGAUGACAACAUAUAUGCUAUUACACUAGAUCAGCGGAACAGAUGGUUGUAUUACAGUACAUUUGGAACGACAAGAAAAAUAAGAAGAGUACGAUUAAAUGGUUCCGAAAAACAUACAGUUAUAGAUUCAGUCGAAGUAACUGGUUUAAGUAUAGAUACCAAUGAAUGGCGACUUUACUAUAUGAUACACGACAAAGGCGAACUAAAAUCGUCAUCACUAAAUGGAACCAAUAUCAUUCACGUAUUCAGUACGAACGAACUCCAAACAAGCAUAGGCAUAUAUGUAUUUGAUAGCAACAUAUACUGUACCAAUGGUACCCAGCUAUUGAAGGUCAUAUCAUCCCAAGCAGCAGCAUCCUAUGUUAUACACACAGAUACUGCAAAAACUCAAGGUGUUCUUUUGUAUGACGAAAUGGGUAUGUAUAAAACUAAUUCUACUUGA